AUGGCGAGAAAAAAAAAGGACAGGAAGGAUAAAUCGGGGGACCUAUCACACGAAGAGAUCUGGGACGAUUCGGCACUUGUGCGUUCAUGGGACGACGCUGUAGAGGAAUAUAACCUCUACCAUAGCAUUCAUGCUCGUGGAGAAGAUGUCGACGAGGUUCUAAACCGGGCUGAACGAGAGGGCGCAGAUGUUGCAGCAGGCAUCGAUAUUGAGAAGGACGACGAGUCCAUGGGUAUCGAGGAUGAUGCUGGCAAGGCGGCAAAGCUAGAGGAGCAGGAUAUCACGGCAGAUGAGCCUAGCCCGUCGAAUGUUCGCAAUGCAGUACCUCUGACGGCCGGGCCUGGGGGAGCACCGAGUGUACCUGACGCACUUCUAGGGCAAGUGCAAGACCCGGCGCUCAAAAAUCUCAUGAUGGCAUGGUAUUUCGCGGGUUACUAUACUGGGCUUUACGAAGGUCAACGACAAGCAGCCCCGAAUGGCAAUCCUGCGAAUCAACAAUAG